AUUGCUGUAUUUAUUUUGCUUUUCAAAACACACUCUCCCAUUCCCAUCUCCUGCGUCCAGACUUUCAAGUCAACACAGCCAUUACUUUUCCCCUUUUACUUCUCCUCUUUCUUCUGCACAUUCCCUCGUUUCUUUCUUUUUCUUCUUCCUUUUUACAAGCGCCAAAUCAAUUCCCUUUUCUCCUUCCUAAAACUUCCUUCAUUUCUUACCCUUCAAUUUCCAUAAAAAACAACUUACUGGACUAAGCUUACCCUGAAAUUGAAACAAUGUCGUCUGCACCGCCGCCGUCCGCCACCUCCCGCCACCUUCUGGUUAUUCCAUACCCAGCUCAGGGACAUAUGCUCGCACUCCUCGAUCUCACCAAUCACUUAGCCUCUCAUGGCGGCUUCACAAUUACCCUCUUGGUUACCCCCAAAAACCUCCCCCUCCUUCAGCCCCUUCUUCAAACCCACCCUUCCCUUCAAACCCUCGUUCUCCCCUUACCUUCUCACCCCAAACUCCCCGUCGGCGUCGAACACGUCAGCCACAUCGGCAACCAUGGCAAUUUCCCGAUCAUGGCUGCCCUCCGUCAGCUCCACGACUCUAUUGUUGAGUGGUUUAAUUCCCAUCCUUCCCCUCCCGUUGCCAUCAUUUCCGAUUCCUUUCUCGGCUGGACCCAACGCCUCGCCGACCAUCUUCAAAUUCCCAGAGUUGUUUUCCACUCAGUCAGCACAUUCCUCAUCCAUGUAAUGAACUCUUGUUGGGUUCACAUUAAAACAGAUCGUUUUCGAUCUUCCCCUGUCAUCCAGUUCAGUGAAAUCCCCAAAUCACCUUCCUUAAAAAAAGAGCAUCUGCCAUCGUUGGUAAAGCUGUACCUAGAUUCGGACCCAGAUUGGAAUUUAUUGAGGGACGACGCCUUGGAUAAUACAUCCAGCUGGGCCUGUGUUGUCAAUACGUUCGACAAUUUGGAGCAUGAUUAUUUAGAACACUUGAGGAAAUUGGGGGGGGAAGGGCGUGUAUUUGGUGUCGGACCGCUAGAUAUCAUCGGCGCUGCAGAGGAUGGGCGAAACCCAAUUCGAGAGUCGAGUUCAGAGAUUCUCACAUGGCUUGACAAAUGCCCUGAUGGUUCGGUGGUUUACGUUUGUUUUGGGAGUCAAAAGCAACUGAAUCAGCAGCAAAUGGAAGCACUGGCUUCCGGGCUUGAGAAAAGCGGUACUCGAUUCGUGUGGGUUGUUAAGACAAUUCAUCGAACAGAUAGUGGGUCGAACGGAAUACCAAUUGGGUUCGAGGAUCGUGUGUCAGAUCGUGGAAUUUUGGUGAAGGGAUGGGCGCCGCAAGUGGCGAUACUGAACCACCGAGCCGUGGGGGGGUUUCUGAGUCACUGUGGCUGGAACUCGGUGCUUGAGAGCAUAGUGCGCGGAGUAAUGAUCGUUGGUUGGCCCAUGGAAGCGGACCAGUUUAUCAACGCGAGGCUGUUGGUAGAAGAGUUGGGAGUAGCGGUGCGUGUUUGCGAGGGGGCGAACUCGGUGCCUGAAUCAGACAAGUUGGGGAAGGUAAUCGCCGAGUCUAUGAGCGGAGAUUCGCCGGAGAAGAUAAAAGCGAAAGCGCUGAGAAGAGAAGCGGUGGAGGCAGUGAGAAGCAAUGGGAGUUCAUGGAAGGACAUGCAAGACUUUGUCAAUAAAUUGAUGCAGCUCCCGCUAAACUAAACACAUGAAGUUGCAAGAUACAUGUAUCGAUCCUUACAGCACUUUUUACUUUCUAGCAAGAUCAUUUUGUAUCGAGUUCUGGAUGCUUUUAGUUCAAGUAAUUAAACUACAUACUUUAGUAUCAUACUAAAAAAUUUUCAGCUCCAACUCAACAUUGUUCGGAACGUCUGAAUCAUCCAAGUAGCCCAAUUACAUCGUUAA